AAUUACGCAAAAAAAUUAUUUUUUUAUUCUAAAAGUCGUCCGUGGCUUUUUUUUUACGAAUAACAAAUAUAGAUUCUUUAAAAAUCGCCGCAUGCGAUUUUUUAAAUCCCAUAUACAUGUAAUAUUAAUUCCAAGUCCAUAUUCUGGAACUUUCACGAUCACAAUGCCAUAUUUAAAAAAAUGACCCUCUAUUUUUCCACUUCCAUCACCUCAAAGCACAAGAAAUAGCAUUUCUGUAUCCGAUUGUGUUUCUGAUAGUUUCUUGAGACGAUAAACAUUACGAGGCAGCGUCUUCAAAGUUCAAGUGGAAGACGCCUUCUGAAAUUGGUGACGGUGACAGAACGUGGCGACCAAGGCUAAUAAACUAAUCACAAGAAAACAAAAUGUGGACAAUUCUUAGUCACGCCACACGUAAGAGAAUGACACAUUUAAAGCCCUCAAAGCAGCACCAAAUCCCCACCACCAAAUCGUCAUCCCUUUCACUAACAACUCUCACUCACUCACACUCAAACCCAAUGUUGCCUCCUGCAGGAACUAUCGUAUUCAACACCGUUGGAAGAGCCCAAUACGGUUUCGACGUUUUCUCUGUACACCUUAACAACCACCCUCCGCCUCACGCCGCCACAGAACUCCGCCUUACCGAUGCCAUCUCCAUAAACUUCAACGCCCAGUUCAUUAACCAUGAAAACGACGUCGUUUUCGUCUCCGAAAGAACCGGAGCGCCCCGUUUCUAUCUAACCCGACCCGAAAAUAAACCCCAGGCAUUACCUUUUAUCCCCAACGCUCUCUUCCUCGAUCGCCCAAUCAUUAGAAACGGCAAACUCUACUUUGCUUCCACGCACGAACAGCACGACCAGGUUUUCACCAGCUGGAGCGCGGUUUACUCCGCUGCCGUCGAUGACGGCACAACCGUCACGCGUCUCACCCCUCGCGGUGAAGUGGACUACAGCCCCGCCGUGUCCCUCACCGGAAAACUCAUCGCUGUCGCUUCCUUCCAGUCUCGCCGCUGGGUCACCGACAAAUUCCGCGAACUCCAAACGGAGAUCGUCGUUUUUGCCGAGUCAGACCCGGGGAAUCGUGUCGUGGUGAGCGAGAGCGGUGGAUGGCCAACCUGGUCGCAAGACUCCACGAUCUUCUUCCAUAGAAUCGCCGAAGAUGGAUGGUGGAGCAUCUUUCGGGUCGAUUUACCGGAUUCGAAUAUAUCCGGGUCAAAAGAUUCACCAAUUCGAGUCACGCCGCCGGGAUUGCAUUGCUUCACUCCCGCAGCGUUCCACGACGGCAAGCGCAUAGCCGUCGCAACUCGCAGGCGAGAGAGCGAUUUUCGGCACAUUGAGAUCUUUGAUCUCGAGUCCCAAACGUUCCAACGGGUCACCCAGUCAAUAAACCCUAAGUUUCACCACUACAACCCGUUCGUCUCGUUGGAUUCUCGGCGCCUCGGGUACCACCGAUUCAGAGGCGAGUCAACUCGUGGAGAGUCCACGUACCCGCACCUCGACCAGGUGGUGUCUCCGGUUCAGGAUUUACAGUUAUUUAGACUGAACGGUUCGUUCCCAAGUUUCUCUCCCGACGGCGAUUUCAUUGCUUUCAAUCACGAUUUCGAUGAUAACGGCGGCGUUAAGAUCGUUAGAUCCAACGGUUCUAAACGGUGGACGUUACUAAAAGGACGAACCUGCUUUUACAACGCGUGGAGCCCUGUGGAUAAGAACGUGAUAUUCACCUCCAUCGGUCCAAUUUUCGAGUCGGUUUCGAAAACGGUUCAACUCGCUAGAAUCGAGUUCGACCCGGUUCAUCUCACCGACGACCGUGAAGAGGUGCCGUUUAAGUUAAAAAUUCUGACUAAAGAGGAUACCGGGAACAACGCGUUCCCUUCUUGUUCGCCGGACGGAAAAAGCAUUGUGUUUCGGUCUGGGAGGUCGGGACACAAGAAUUUGUACAUAGUUGACGCCGUUAACGGGGAGUUUAACGGGGGAUUACGGAGGUUGACGGAGGGAGGGUGGAUCGAUACGAUGCCGUGUUGGUCACCAAAGGGAGAUUUAAUAGCGUUUUCGUCGAACAGGCAUAACCCUGGGAAUAGUGAGGUGUUUGGGAUUUAUGUGGUGAGGCCUGAUGGGAGUGGGUUGAGGAGAGUUGAGGUGGCGAAGGGUGCGGAGGCUGAGAGAGAGAGAUUGAACCACGUGUGUUUCAGCGGUGACGGAGAGUGGUUGUUGUUCGCGGCCAAUUUGGGGGGUGUGGCGGCGGAGCCUGUGUCGUGGCCCAACCAGUUUCAACCGUAUGGGGAUUUGUAUGUGGUGAGGUUGGAUGGAAGUGGGUUGAGGAGGCUGACGUGUAAUGCUUAUGAAAAUGGAACCCCCACGUGGCACCAUCUGGACCUGUCCGUGUCUAAUGGCCAUGGUGAUGAAUGUGGGGAUUGGGAUAAGUUGAAGGGUGCGUUUCAAGAACCCCUUUGGAUCACUUGUCCCGUUUGAAUAUGAGGGUUCAAAAACUUCAACUGUUGUAAUGUGACAUGAUUUCUGAUGGUGAGUGUUUGCUGAUAAAUAAGGUUUUUGAAUAAAAUUCUGAUAUGUAUUUCAUAAUAAAUAAUUUUAGCAUUUCAUUUCAAAUCUAGUGAUAAGAUAAUUUGUUCAAAUAAGACGAUCUUUGAUAAUUUUUCAUCAUUUAAUUAUUUUCAAAAAGCACCACUUUUAUUAUUAUUGUUAUUAUUAUCUUACAUUUGUUAGCUUUUGUUUUAUUAUCGUGAGAUUAAUUCAAAAUUCGUUAUUUAAUUCCAAUCCGAAAUUUGUGUCAUGUCAAAAUAUAAUGUUGAAGCCAAAAUGGUACUGGUUUAAGCAAUUAAUUUGUUUCUUUUUCACCAAAUUUUUAUUGUUGUUAAAUUUUUAGUUUCCAUUAUUAAUAUCAUUUAAUGAAAAUCUGUUACUUUUUCUUAGCAAAAAAAAGUUAUUUUCAUUUAAGAUUUAUCUUUUAAAUUAUUUUUUAUUUGUUUUUCCAAUAAAUAAAUAAAUAAUUAUAAAAUAAAAAAUAAAAUUGAUGUUCAUUCGUCCUGCAUGCAUGAUUCGCUUCUCUUUGGUUUAUAUACAUGUAAGUGAAUUUGGUUUAUUUAUUAUGUUUUAAAAAUAAACCUUCCAUUCCAUUUGGAUGAUCUCUUAAUUAGGAUACGUAACAGAUUAAUUUUUUUUUUAAAAAAUCAUUAAACAAAUUGAGGGAAAUUUUAGAAGGGUUGAGAAAAAUAUAAGACGAUCACGCUUCAGUGAGUGAUUCGUAAAUUUUGAUUUGGUCUGAGUUACCCCUUGGCAUUAUAGUUGUGUUAUUCUUCAUGACAUGGUACUCUCAGACAUAUAAUAAGGAAAAUAUUUUAUUGACUUCCCAAGACUGUACGAAAUGAGUGAAGA